AUGUGCGCAAUGUGUGUCAAGGCGACAGGCAGGCAGAUCAGAUGGCAGCAGCAACAGUGCAGAGUCCAUCCGAAAAGCUCCCCUUGCAGCUACUGCAGGCAGCAGUUCCAGGCAACAGUGGAGUACGCGCCAUGGCAGAAAGUCCCCAGGGCGCCGCAGCGAAAGGACCCCAGGCAGGGGACUAUAGACAAAGGUCUGGACAGCACUAGACCAGGGGUUGCAAUGCAGCGCCCUCGUUCCGUCGCACAUCUCCCCCAUCUCCCACCUCCCAUCCCUUCUCCAGACCCCGAGUACGUGGCGUUCCUAGCAGCGUUGGAGCAGGGCGAGGAGAGCCUUCCGAGCGCAGAGGUGCAGCUGGAGAAGGCAGACGCUGCCAAGGCCGCUGCUGCAGGAGCCAAGGAGCCGCUAGUGCUGACGCCCCUGGUGGAGUAUGUGUGCCAGAGACGCGCCAAUGCACGGACAGGCCCCCAGGCUCGUGUGUCACGCUCGUCGCGCCGUCACGCGGCGGAUCUGCGGCGCAAGAGAGGCGGCACCAACAGCAGCGACGCCCACAGAGACGCUCAGAGGGACGCUCGGGCCACUCCCUCCCCUUCCUCCCUCGCGCCUGCUGCUACAGCUGCAGUCGCCUCUGCUACAGCCGGUGCAGCUGUUACCAACACUGCAGCUGGGGGUGCGUCUGGCAUUGUGGCAGCAGGCACUACAGGUGCGAGCACAACAGCAGGUGGUGCUGGUGGUGGUGACAGUGGUGCUGGUGCUGGCUCAAUCCGCACAGUGCCGUCUGGCCGGGGUGCAGGGGUGAAGAUUUUUACUCGGCAGCAUGCACAGCCACAUGUGCAGCAGCAGACUCAGCAGCAGCCGCAGCAGCAAAGGCAGUAUGGGCGGGGAGGGGGCAUGCAGGCGGCACAGCAGCAGGCACAGCAGCAGGCACAGCAGGCACAGCAGGCACAGCAGCAGGCACAGCAGGUUCGGCAGGCGCAAGGAGGGGCAGGAAGCGUGGCAGGUGAAGCAACAGCAGUUGCAAGCAAGGCUGAAACUCCUGCUGCUGCUGGCAGUGCAGCAGGAGCAGCGGGAGCAGCAGGGGCAGCAGGAGGAAGGGCAGGGACAGCAGCAGCUGGGGGAGGAGCAGAAAGGGAGGCAGCAAGGGAGGCGAGGGACAGCCGAGGCAGGCUGAAGAACCGGGACCGGCCCGAUCGACCCGUGUGGACUCCCAGGCGACGCCCAGACGUGGGAGGGGGCGGUGCUGCUGGUGCAGGGCAGUCUGGGGGAGGUGGUACUGCUGCAGCAGGCACUGGUGCUGUGAGCAGAGGGGGUGGAGGGGCAGGGAGCUAUGGUGGGAGAGGGAGGGGCGGCAGUGACUAUGGCAGAGGAGGUAUGCCCAAAUUCGUUUAA